AUGCAGCGUCGGUGAGCCAAGAGUCUCAUCAGCUGCCGAAAUGCUCCUAUGCCAGUCAUUUACGACUCCUAAAUUGAGAUUCAUAUCUUCGCACACCGUCGGCUUGCGGCGACUUUUUGCGCAGCGCCGCACUUCCACGAUGCCCGCUUCGCCAUUGAUCCGGACAGAUCAGAAUCGUUCCGACUGCGGACCGUUCCGAGGCUCAUGGGGUGAUAUAGGCAUCUCGAGCACCAACGAGCAUGGCAUAUAGCAGCACUGGCCCACGAUCAAAAGCAAGUUCAACUAAGCUGGAUUGAAUGAGCGUGCAGAUCACCCGAAACCGUUUGCGUCUUGCUCUGCCUGACCUGCAAUUGGGUCUCGGGGCAAAAGCACGCUUUCGUCUUGCGAAUGAUAAGCCCUACAUAGCUCGCUGAAACCCGGUCGGGAGGACCGCCAUUGGUGAGUACAUGCGCGAUAAGGCGCAUUCAUAGCAGGACUCAUAUCAAAGUCACGCUCACCAACGACAGCGUAGUCUUGAGCAGUCACAAGUGCUCAAGGACCACGGACCACCGCGCGCUUGAAUUCACCGACGCCCGCCUGUGCUGAUAACGAUCGUCAUCGUUGCUCACAGCUCGAUCGAUACACGAAUUCCGACGUUUACAAUCGUGAGUACCUGCGAGCGAAAUUCGCUGCGCUGAGAAAGCUGUCAAACCUUCGAUAGCCCACUUGGCAAAGCCGUUCACGUUUCCAGGCAGGACGUGAGAAAACUUUGUGAACUGGUGAGAGCGAAAGCGCUCCGCCCUAGCAACCCACUGGCCUCUGUUCUGCGCCGCUUGGCGAUUAGCUGAUAAACCUUUCGGCUUCGAUUUUGAUUCUCACCCUCUACUCGCCCGCGUGUAAAUAAGCAAGCGAGUGCAUGAUCGACCUUCCCCUCGUUACAUCUGUCUGUCUGCCGAGCACCAACGCUCUUCCGUCGUAAAAAUGAUAGAGGAGAAAGUCGUCCUUCACGGGAGCUCGCAUUCUCGCGAGCUUGCCGAGCAAGAGACCCAACCUGCUCGUAGUCUGCAAGCAGAAGACUUAAGUGCCAGACUACGUCUGCUUGGCCGGAUCGAGAAGGACACGCUUCGUAAGUGCUGAGUGCGGCUAGUCUAGCGAGCAUACCGACACUCAAGCUGCAUUUCCCGCCCCUGAUUGCCACAGAAGUUCCAGGUUCGCCUCGUUCACCAAGCCGAGCCACUCGCUCUCCGACGAUGGCGUCGCCUGCCUCGCCCGAAGAAAACACUUCGUCUAGAACCAGCUUUCUUCACAGCCCGGACAGCAGCAGCAAGACUGCUCGCAGUGACGCACCCUCGCUCGGAGGACCGCCAUCGCCCAUGAUUCGUCUCAAGACUAGGCUCGAAGUCGAGGAUGUUAUUCUACGAUUUGAGAACGAGUGAGUGUCCAGUCGAUCAUCUGUAGGCCUCCCUUAAGAGUAUCGAUCUGAUGACGAUGUCAUUGUAGCACCUCGCCAGCAUCCUUUGAACAGGAUCCCGCUGUAACUACUCGCGUCAAAAAAGAGUUACAUUUCACCUUGAAUGACGACGACGCACCUCUGUUGUCCACGCACACUGGCGGUAUCUUCUCUCAUUUCGAGACAUCAGCGUCGCCCGCCACUCUCUCAGCGGUAGUGGCGGUCGAAACGCGCUCAGCACGCUGGCGUCCAACACGCCCCACUGAAAGCAAGCUCACACCUGCUGUGAACGACUUGCCUCCUGCAGAGCUUUUUCCAUCGCCUUGGGCCUUCCAGAUGAGCUCUCCCGUCUCACCAGCCGAGUGUGGACGUGAGUCUGCCGAGGACCAACCCAGCGUGGAGCGAGUCUACGAAGUAGGAGGUGUCGAACACGUUCAACUCAGAUGCACGGUCUGCAGCGGUCAAGGCGAGCAUGCUUGCGUCCGUUGCCUCGCCACCCAACCGGACGAGUGCUUUGCUUGCGAAGGCACAGGGGUCAACUACAAGGGCAAGCAAUGCGCAAUCUGUCUCGAUGGCAAUGGUCAAUAUCUGUGCACAACCUGCCGUGGCUCUGGAUGCCAACCGUGUCGAGCUUGCAGUGCUUUUGGCUUUGUCGAGCACGCUUUCACCAUCACGUCCCGAGUGAGUCGAGCGGGCUUGGGCCAUCGAUGCUGGUGAUGCCUCGCAAAACUGAUGCCUCCACUCGUGGUGCAGAUGCACUUCUUGCAAUUUCCUGCCAUCGACCUCGCUUCCACAAAUGUCACCCAGUCAGCACCUCGAUCGUCCGAGCAGCGUCACCAGGACGCGAUCGCUCUGCUUUGCCACAAGGUCAACGAGGUGCUCGAGGCAAUCAGUCGGAGGCCCGGAGCAAGCAGACCAGUGCUGGUGCCCGCCUACGCCUUAGCAGUCGUGAAGCUCACCUCGGGCACGAUGAGCCCUUCCAACGCCGACAGUAGGUCGCUCUUUGCGCCAAACGAAAUCAGUCACGCUGCCAACGAGCACGAUGCAUCGAUCAAUGGCCAAGAAACCGACUCGCCGCCAGUGCAUCCAACAUCCAGCAUUUUUGCCUCUGGAAGAAGCAGUCCUGCUAUCUCGACUCGACGUGCAGGCGGUCUUUCAAUUGCUCAAGACAAAGUCUCCUCUUCAAGGUUGUCCACCGUCUCCAUGCCCAAUAUCCACAAGUCUGGUCAGGCUGGGCGCAACAGUUGGCUAAGAGCAAAAGUACGCGCCUCGGUCAGCGCACUGACCCGUCGAGUGGUCCGUCACAAAGACGGUGGGCCAGCUAGCCCGAAGCAGAAUUCAACGCACAGGUCCGCUUCGUAG